UCAAAUAUGCCGGUCCUCUUCAAGUGAAUUCAAAGGAUGUACACUCGUUCAGAAAAUGUUGACUCAGAUGGUUUGUUAUUGCAAGUUUCCUGGCAUGGAUACUGUUGGAGAGACCAGGAGAUCCCACGACAAUCUUCGUUUAACGCGGUCCGGGUUACGUCACCAGGGCCGUGGACAAGUUCGAAGUUUUCCAUGCACGUGACAUUCUCGUUCUCUCCCCGAAUCCUCGUCUUUUAUCCGGCGCAAAUUUCAUCAGCGACAUCUAGUCACAGUGGUGUUAGCAGCCGAAAAUUCCACAAUGUAUUAUGCUGAGUUUAAGAUACGCGUAUAUUUCAUGGAGCAAUGAUAUCAACGCGUGUGGACCCGCGUUCUUGGAUCGAAAUUCACAUCUUAUAACAUGUCUGUUCUUGGGGCCUCGUUCUCUCUUCUCUCUUCUCUUCCUCUUCCUCUUCCUCGACCUGAUCUCUAUGAGUGACGAACAUCAACCUUGGACCUAUGUCUGGAUACCCAUUCUUGGGGGUUUCGUGUGGUUCUCUACCCUACUAUCCAUGCUGAUAACAUGGCUGGCCACUGGGCGACCACAUUACGUGUCUAUGCAAGGUUCAAUCGCAUGCAUAUCUGAUAUUGGCGCCGAUAUUCUCAAGCCUCUCUUCAUAGUUGGUUGUACUAUAACCGCUGUGUGCUUCUUCUUGUCCUUAUGUAUCGAGCGGGGCUUAAGACAUGUUGGCCGCUUAGUGCCUUACAUGCGCGCUAGGGAACGGGUUUUUGGAUAUCUGUCGAUAUUUGGCUCGUUCAUUGGGAGCUGUGGGAUCAUUCUACUAUCGAUCUUCGACACAAAACGCUACACAUCUCUUCAUCAAGUGUUCUUGUUCAUGUUCAUGCUUGGCGUUGCCAUUAGUGUUAUCUUUACUGUUAUUGAGUUCCGAUGGCUCAGCAGAGACUUCCAACAUGUCAGGACAUUGAAGAUAGCAUACCUCGCCAAAGCUAUCAUAGCGACCCUCCUUAUUCUCUUGGUCUUUGCAUUCGCAAUUGCAUAUUACCAAAGUCCUCAUGUCGGAGCCAUCCUUGAAUGGAUCGUCGCUUUCGGUUUCACUCUCUAUCUUUUAACGUUCGUCUUUGACUUGAGGCAGUCAAAAGGAGUGCAGCGUAGGCAACUUAGUGCCGAGAAUUUACGGCGCGCAAUAAUGAUAGGUUAA